AGGUGUCGACUCGCUGAGCAAGCAAUUCGUGCGGCUCUGCGAAUUUACGUUAAUUUCCACGAAGAGGCCCACAUGCACCGACAGGAGUUCCGAAACCUAGGGUAAGUAGAAACGGCCGGUUAAAGUCAGACAAGCGUGCGUAUGCACCACUCCUGCAACGAGUUUACUGUGCUCUCAGUCGUAAGAUUAAAGUUUGCAAUGGCGAGGAAGGUGUUCCUGCUCAGCUUUCUCAUAUUAUAUUCUUGGAGAAGCGUGAGUUCCGCGUCUAGAUCGAGAAGGCAGAUGUUGUACCCACCACCAAUCGUCUAUCCAUAUGGAGGAACAUUCAAGCUCGUCGUGGGAUUUGCAGUGCCCGUACAGCUCUCAGGCAGAAUUUUGGUUUACGGGCAGAACUUUCAGUUCCAAUAUCUUCUACCGCAGAACGCGACAUUCUUCACGGAGUUUUUCGAAAACGCGUCAUCGUCGCGACGGCGACGUGAAAGCGUUAGCUGGGACGAAAGAAUGACUGUCUAUCGGCUUCUGGAGAAGGAGUUCGAUAGAAGGGGAGUAAACGGAAAAGAAUGCAUGAAAAAGGAUAUAUGUGAAGCAGCAACAAUGUCUCUAGAGAAUGAAGGACUCGUAGAAGAAUUAUUGCACCUUUUGCUUACUCCUCAACAAAGAAAUGAUUCAUCUUUGGACUCCGAGUAUAUACAGGCAUUACAAUUUGGACAAAGAAAUCAUGAUUGUUCAAGGAUAUAUAAUUCGUGUCCUUUUGGCCAAGGAAUUCUAGAUCAAAUUUCAGAAAUAAUGUAUCAUUAAGAAUUAUAAUAUAAAUGUA